UGAUCCCUCGCAUUUCCUUCCUCCUCAGGGGAUCGGCCGUGGCGAAGGUGCCCCUGAACAAGGCCGACAGCACCAUCAGACAGCUGGUGAAGAAGUGGCUCCACCUUCCCCAGAGGGCGUGCACGGACAUCAUCUACAUUUCCCACAGACAGGGCGGCGCCAACGUACCUCGGAUGGGUGACCUGUGCGACAUGGCGGUGAUAACCCACGCCUUCCGCCUCCUGACGUGCCCGGACCCAACAGUGAGGAGCAUUGCACAGGAGGCCGUACGGGGUGCGGUCAGGAAACGCAUCGCCAGGGCCCCCUCCAAGCGGGACGUCGCCACUUACCUCAGCGGCUCCCUGGAGGCUGAGUUCGGGAGAGAGGUGGGAGACCUGUCCUCUCUCUGGUCCCGCGCCCGCAACGCCUCGAGACGUCUGGGUAAGAGGAUCGGCUGCUGCUGGAAGUGGUGCGAGGCGCGCCGGGAGCUGGGAAUACUAGUGCCACGUGUAAAGGUCCUGGACCACAUCAUUGUCACCCCGACCGCCAGAGCCAUGCUAGAAAGGUCCCUGAAAGACGCCAUCCGCUGCCACUAUGCCGAGAACCUCAAGCGGAAGCUGGACCAGGGCAAGGUGUUCAAGGUGUCCAGCAAGUGGGACGCCAGUAACCACUUCCUCCCCGGGGCAGCUUCACCAGGUUCGCCGACUGGCGGUUCAUCCACAGGGCCCGACUCAACUGCGUUCCCCUCAACGGAGCCAUCCGCCACGGCAACCGGGACAAGCUCUGCAGGAAGUGCGGCUACGCGAAUGAGACCCUGCCGCACGUCCUGUGUGGAUGCAAGCAGCACUCCGGAGCCUGGCGGCACUGCCACAACGCCAUCCAGAACUGGCUAGUGAAAGCCAUCCCGCCGUCCCUGGGGAAGAUCACCGUCGACUCCGCCAUCCCCGGGACAGACAGCCGACUGCAACCCAACAUCGUCGCGACGGACACAGAAAAGAAGAAGGUCCUCCUGGUAGACGUCACGGUGCCUUUCGAAAACCGGUCACCGGCCUUCCACGAGGCCCGAGCACGGAAGGAGUCGAAGUAUGCCCUGCUGGCAUAGACCCUGAGAGCCCAGGGCUACGAAGUCGAGUGAACCCAAAGAUUCUCCCCACCGUCCUUCUCCUGGGGAUCUACGCAACGCCGGCCGCAGUGCGUGAGCAGGCCUGAACGCUGACGGUGCGCUGUGCUGAGUUGGAACCGGCGUGCUUUCUACAGACACCCUUCUGAACUUUUGCAGACGCGCAAUUGAUCACGUGCAACAGGAGUUUCUGUUAAACCAGGGUUCUGCUCUGAAAGGGGGCUAUGUAAUAACUGCAUCGUCUUCCUCAACUGGGCUGCUCCGGGAGGUGUAUUUGAAAUCGGACGCGCUGGCUGUUAGGGACGGAUGUCUGGUUUUCCAUCCCCGUUAGCUCCGGGGAGGCACCAGAGCUUUGGAGAGGGAGCUGGGGGCUCUUUCGCCAUGUGCAUCACCAGCAGAAUUGUUUACAAAGUUCCAAUAAACGGCGGGGGGAGUGUGAGAAGGAAAGAACUCGCUUUGGCUCUCGUGGCAUGAUCCUCCCCUGCCUUGGCCCCCGGGAGCCUGUGAUUGUGAGGGAAUUCACAGUACCAGAUGGCCUUGUGCAACCAAAGUACCAUUUAACCUUAACUGGAGGAACAUAACAUAAGAGGAAAAGGAUUUUAAAUCAACAAACAGUCUGUCUGAUGUAAAGCCCUACCACCCUGCGAUGCGGCCCCUGGCAGGCCUACCUACUCCAGACAUCCCCAGCAUUGUCUGUCCAUCUGGUCAGCUUCUCAGCAACUGCUCCACUGGCCUCUGGACCAAGAGGGACCUUUUAAUUCUUUGCAGUCCUUCUGCGCUGCUGGCACCCAGCCUUGCAGGGCUGGCUCCAGGCGCCAACUUAGCAAGCAGGUGCUUGGGGCGGCCACUCUGGAGGGGGGCGGCACGUCCGGCUAUUUGGCGGCAAGUCGGCAGAGGACCCCUCACUCCCACUUGGAGUGAAGGACCUCCCGCCGAAGUGCCGCAGAUUGUGAUUGUGUCUUUUUUGGGCGGAGAGGUGGGGAGAGGGCUGCUUGGGGCGGCAAAAACCCUGGAGCCGGCCCUGCAGCCUUGGCAUAUGAUCUCUGUGACCAGGGCUGAGCCCGGAGGUAGGAUCUUUACAGCAAGGAGCUCAGGCAUUGCCUCUGUCACCUUGAACUGUUUACCAGGAGGGAGCUUAUCUUGAGCUACUGUUUAACUUCCUGCUUGUUUUUCCCAAGAGAUGGCUACUACACUGAACCAAGGUAGUCAUACAGGACCCAUCCUAUAACCAGAUCACAGACAGUGUCCGCAAUUAUUUCAGAGCAGCACCCCGUCUGCCACAGCCCGGCUGAGCCACCACAGCAGUGGGAUCAAAUGCUUUUUAAAUAAUAAAAACGUGCUGCUGGGGAACGUAGUAUAUAAUGGGAUGUAGCCUGCCAAUGUAUUCCAGCCGCAGGGCAGUGCUGUGAGCGCUUGUGCUGCCACCUUAAGGCAGCUCCGUGGGGCUACACUUUUGUGUACGUGUAAGUGCUUGUGAAAUACUUGUUCAAAGGCUUGUGCACAGGAGCUGAGCAGUAGCACUGAGUGGGUCCAGCUGAGCUCAGGGAACCCGUGUGCUAGGCACGGUACAUAACACUUUGUGAGAGAAAGGACUUACCCCAAGGGACUUACAAUCUAGGCAGACAAAGGGUGGGAGCAAGGGAGUAUUGUUGGCCCCAUUUCACAGAGGAGAACUGAGGCCCAGAGACGGUAAAUGACUUGCCCAAAAUGAGCCAGGGGCGUGGUGGCAGAGGCAGAAAUUAAACCCAGCUCUCUGGAGAGCCGGUCCUGUGCCAUAGCCACAAGGCUAUCUGCCCGCUUCAGUCUCCUCCCUCAAUCCCCUGCUGCUGCCUACCAUCCCACCCUCGCACCCCCUCAGCUUCCCAGGAGGAUGCAGUGAGAGUGAAAGGGGCCCACAACAGCAUCACCCCGGGUGCCUGCUGGGUUCUUCUGACACGGCCCUGGGGCGACAGUGGAGUACAGCUCAGGGGAGGCGGCGCUGGCUUGAGGGGACCUGACCUUCCUCUCCAGUGACCCUGGCAUCGCACCUGCGCCCGUGGUGGGCUGCUGCUUGUAGAAAGCCCAGCACAGGGUAAGUGUCCACACACGGCCACUUUCCUGGGGGCUCUCAGGCUGCCAGGGCGGCCCUCAGAGGGGCUGGGGCCGGUCCAAGGCUACUCAGCUUCAGCACAGCCCUGGGGGAGCUGCUGCCGGGGAAGAGGGGUGAGCGUCUCUGGGCCUCGCGUUAACGAUGCCCUUCCCAGGCAGAGCUCCUAGAGCACGGACCCCAUGGGCCUGCCUUGCGGGGGGAGGAGUCACUCUUUCUCUCUCACACACAGACAGGAGUUUUCAGGCCGGUGGCCAGGCAAGAGUUAAGGCGGGUUACCUUGGGCUCUGGGUCCUGGCCCCAGUGAAUGCAUGAGCAGCAGGUGCCAUGGGAGGGCAGAGCCGCUCUGGGUCAUUGGCCCUGGGGAAGGGGCCUUCCAGUGCCUGUGUGCCGGCCGGCUGGCAUGCCCAGGGGACACGGCCCGGGGCUGAGGAGCGAAGCGGGGAUGGAUUCUGAGCCAGUCUGGCCGUCGCUAGCCCUCCCCUUCUGAGCCAGGCAAAACACGCUGCCCUUCGCCCGCUCUCCUACUGCAACGGGCUGGGCUGCCCGGCGGUGCCAGGCGCCUCCCGGGAGCCGCAUGGAGACGGCGCCGGGAGCCGGGUGCCCAUAGCAAAGCGUGGUACCCCCAGCCCUACCGCCCAGGGACUCCCCUGCUGGGAACCAGCCAGGAGGCCUUGAGGUCACCCAGCACAGCCACCCCGGGCCUUGGGCCUUACCCUCUGCUGCCUGGCACUCCUUGAAAGCAGAACCGUUUUUUUAAAACUUCCUUUUCUGCUCUUUGUACGGGUUCAGGGAGCCUGCCUUCCUCUUCCGCGGAGCCCACGGUGACAGCCUUGGUCUCUCUUUGGACACCGAGAGAAGUUACGGGGAGUGAAGAGGUUAAAGUCUAAUUACCGUUCUGUGAGCGAUCGCUAAUGACAAAGGGUACCUAGUAAUCCCCCCCGCCUCCCCCCCACACACACAAAGGGUACCUAGUAAUCCCCCCCACCUCCCCCCCCACACACAAAGGAGCCUAAGUAAUGUACAAGGAGGCCAUGUCCACCCCUACUCUGUUGGUGGGAGAGGUCAAGUGGAAGCAGCUUCUGGAUGCCUCAAUGGAUUGUGUGUUUCAGGUGGUGGGGGGCAGCGGAUGCAGCUCACAGAACUCUGGCCUCCUACAGGAGCUGCUCUGUGUCCAGGUACCUAGUGUGGUGUAUUGAAAACCGUGUCAAAAUUGUACGCUAUCACUUUACAUGCUCAGCGGGGUUGCCUGGUCCUCCUUGCAGGCCAGGGGCUCUGUAGGGAAGCUAGCAGAGUCAGUCUGCAAAGAGCCAGCCUAGAGCAAGGUGGGAUGAGUUGUGCCUCGCUGGUUUAGGGAGCAGCCUGCUUUGUCUCUUCCUGUAUUUGGUUCUCGCGUGUUAAGUUUCUGUAUUCUAAGAAAUUAAAGUCGUGCGACGUUGCAACUUCCAACAAGAGUA